CUGGGAAUAUGAGCAGAAGGGUCCGACUCAGUUAUCUUGCAAGGGAGCUUGUUAAAAAGCACUUGGAAAAUGCAGAACACACUAAUCAGUUGAAGCAUUUCAUCAAGCCUUAGUGGAAGACAGAAAUCUUUCCAGCUGUUCACCUAUAGGUUUUAUUUAGGUCACCAAAAAACGACAAAUUCCAAAUGAUUUCCCUGAUACUCCUAGUUUGGACCAUGCCUUGUGCUGCUAAUAAUCUUUUUAGCAGCUCUACAAAAGGAGAGUCUCACUUUGUGAAAGAUACCUCUCAGCUUUUCUGCAGUGUGCCUGGCCCCCAGGGGCCACCAGGAAUACCCGGGCAUCCAGGAUCUACUGGAACUAUUGGAAGAAUGGGAUUUCCAGGGAAAGAUGGACAAGACGGAAAAGACGGCGACAAGGGAGAAAAAGGAGACGAAGGCACUCAUGGCAGAGUAGGAAAUCCAGGAAAAACAGGUUUUAAAGGAAAACAAGGAGCGAUUGGAAGAGCUGGUCCAAGAGGACCAAAAGGAAUUCACGGAGACCAAGGAAAGCCAGGUGAUAUAGGAGGUAAAGGGCCGAAGGGGAAAAAAGGAGACGUAGGCAUACCAGGACCAUGCACUUGUGGAACAAAGAAAGCCAAAUCAGCCUUCUCUGUAGCAGUCACUAAAAGUUACCCAAAAGAACGUUUGCCAAUUAAAUUUGACAAAGUUCUAAUGAAUGAAGGUGGACAUUACAAUGCAUCCAGUGGGAAAUAUAUAUGUAGUGUUCCAGGCAUCUAUUUCUUCACAUAUGACAUUACAUUGGCAAACAAGCAUUUAGCUAUUGGAUUGGUACAUAAUGGUCAAUACAAGAUAAAGACAUUUGAUGCCAAUACUGGAAAUCAUGACGUUGCUUCUGGUUCCACCAUUCUUCCUUUAAAACUCGGUGAUGAAGUGUGGCUGCAGAUUUUUUACUCUGAGCAGAAUGGAUUAUUUUACGACCCGUACUGGACCGAUAGUUUAUUUACAGGAUUCCUCAUAUAUCCUGAGCAAGAGUACAUUAAUGAACCAGAAGAUGGAAGCAACACACAGGAAACAUCAGAUGUGAGUUGAGAAUAUGAGCCAGCAGAAUUAAAAUAAAAACCGAGUCCUUCUAGAAGAGUAAGGGAAAAAGGAAAUUAUCUACUAAAUGCCAAUCUAAAAUCACUGGUGUAAAAGAGUCACCAUGAAACCCUUGCAAACUAACAAUAACAAAGUACACAACGUACAACUUUGCAAUAUACCAGGAGCUGGUAUCUAGGUCAGAGGAUUAAUUAAUAUGGAAUACAAAAUAAAAUGCCAAAACCUAUAACAUGAUAAAAUCAAUAAAAAUGGGUAAAUAAAAGAAAUCAAAAAUGUAAAUAAAAUUCAACACUUCAUGAAGCAUUUCAUCUGAUACCUAACAAUUGGUGAUUUCACCAGCAAUAAACCUGUUGCAGCUAGGAAUCAUGUUCAUGAAGAACUAAAAAAAACAACAAAAAUAAAUAAUUGUGACAUAUCCAUCAUCGUGGAUAAACCAAUGUUAAUAGAAAUUCUAUUGCCUUAAGGACAUUUUACUGCACUAUUUAUAAUUUGAAAUUAUCCUUCUGGAUAUCAAAAUAAGGAAAGCUUCGCAUAUCUAUGUAAAUAUGUUAAUGGUUCAACUCAGCUAAUUCGUUAUUGUUGGAAAUAAAAUCACAUGCAUGUA